AUGCACGGGGCCUCCUUUUCUAAACAGGAGGAGAAUGCCAGCACUGAAGAGCGUAAGAUUGAAGUCACUUUGAAAGGUUGCUGGCAACAUGACAAGGAAGUGAUAGCCGACUGCAAGGUUCAAGAUGAGUGCGUAGCUGUAAGUGGAAGGCGUCAAUCCCGCCCAAAGAUGGAGUUUUGUUGUUGUCGCACUCACAUGUGUAAUAAGAAGGUCUCUAUUCUAGUAGUGGACGAACCGCGAGAGGAUACUAUGGCUGCUACAGCCAAUACUACCACUAUCGGUACCGUAUCCCAUCUGAUGAGCAACAUGUGGUUUGUGAUGCUAUUUGGAUUAAUUGGAGUCUGCAUAGCUGGAGGAUUGAUCGUUUUCUCCCUUGUCUAUGGCAGAUGCUGGCAAACUAAGGAUAAGAUUAAGACACAAACUGUGACCACUGCACAGCAGAGUGAAACCUAUGCUUUGCUGAACUGCGCUGCGCAAAAGCCAAUGUUUGAGAUCACAGAUCUGAAGCACGUCGCUAGCGGACGAUUUGGGGAUGUAUACAGUGGCCUGUACCAUAAUGGUGACAAGGUUAAAGAAGUUGCAGUAAAAGUGCUAAAAGAUGAGGAGAGUUGGCAUUCGGAACAGACAAUCUACGUUGACGUACUUCGACGGGCUGGACAUCCUAACAUCCUCAAAUAUAUUGAUGUUGAACGUCGACCUAAUGAGUAUUGGCUGAUCACUGAGUUCAUGAAAGAAGGCAACUUGCACGACUAUCUUAAGGUUGGUGACGUUGUCUUGUUUUUCCGCAGUUUUUUUUAGUU